AUGACAUACAUGAACAACAGUGGCACUGCUGUCGCCGCGCUCAUCCGGAAGUUCGAGAUUCCACUCUCGGAACUGUGCGUCGUUUAUGACGAUAUUCACUUAGACAUCGGUGUGCUUCGGAUACGACAGAAAGGAAGCGACGGAGGUCAGAAGGGAAUGAAGUCCAUUAUCCAUCAUUUGGGCACUACAGCAUUCCCACGCCUACGCAUCGGUAUCGGGGAACCCAUCGGCAACUUAACCGAUUAUGUCCUUACGGGUUUUACAGAAGACGAAGAAAUUGAGACAGCACAUAUCAUCGAUCGUGCCGUUGAUGCGAUUAAAACCUUCGUCAAAAAUGAUAUUCUUACAGCAAUGAACCAAUUCAACAGACGCUGA